GAUCUCUCAUUGCGUGUCGUCGAAUCUGACACACAAACGCCUCACAGUGAUGGCGCCCAAUUUGCUCUCCUGUGUCAACAUCACCGCGCUACUAUGAGGAAUCCUUGACGAACUCCACAUUGACGAUCGGUAUCACAAGCUUGAGCUGCUCUUGUAGAGCCUUACACGAGUGCUUGCUCUCCUACAUGGAAGUCCCAGUCAGAAGACGAUUCAAGGAUGCACCUGCAGCUCUCGUUGCCGCCAUCAAACUUGCCCGGCUUGCCGAAUUAGAACGUAAAGCACCUCUUGAAGAGGAUCCACAGGGACGCGUAUUCUGGGAUGGGCUUAUCUCAGAAGAUGACGAGAAUCGCCGUGAGUUCGAUGAUUACAUUCCUGCACAUUUAACAUACCCAGAGGUCUCCGAACACAUUUAUUCGAGCGAUAGACAAUACCGGGAGUUCCAAAAAUAUCUCGAGCUCUUUCCCUCUCGGAAGCACAAGUUUGAUGUCAUCGCCGAUUUGCUUCAGCCCUCCCCUAUCAUGGGCUUAGAUGACGUACUCAGCCGGCUCGAGCCCACGACCAAAGAGGAUCAACUUCGCAGACUUCGUUUCUUGUCUGAUCUCUGCCGUUGGAACCAACAAUCGACCAAGUUCAUUGAGGGGUUUCUAGCGUAUCAAGCUCGUGUUGCGGAGAGAGUGACUCCCCCAUUCACCACUGAACAGAUAUACACAACAUGCCGUCAAUGCGAAGUACCAGCCUGGGUUCGAUUGUCUGAAAUACAAGAUCUUCAAGAACAAUUCGACUGAGGGAUACUUGUUCGCCGCAGAAAGCCAAAGAUCAAGUUCGGGUCAUAAAGGGGUUAUACCAGCGGUGGGACCGGGCAUUCUUGAGGGCGAACGAAGCUACCGGCCCCGUCAGACGACCACUUUCGCGCACUGAAAGGUCUCGGUUCCCUUCUGGUUGCUAUGCUCAUUCAUGAACCUAUACCUCAGUUCCAACUGGCCUUGCGCCUGUUUGUUUGGGGAAUCCAUCACUGGAGAGUUGAAGAAAUGGCGACUAUCUCCCAUAUGGUUAAUGAAGAAAUGUAUACCAUCGCCCGCAUGGUGAAUGAACCAAGCUCGUGGGAUGGUCUUGGAACGCUCGUCACAUUGCCCCUCGACCCUGAAAUCGGCCAGCAGGAAACGCCACGAACAUACUACGAUCCCAUCAUACUGGCCAGCCUUCGCAAGUAUAAAUGUGAACGGAGCCGCCAGUCUUAAGUGUUUAAGCCGGUGUUCAGAGACUCCCGACGUGUAGCGACCAUCCUGCAGGAGGUUGUUGGCGUUAAGUUACCAGCAGCCACCACCCGCCCCUCCUCUGAAAUCGAAUUACAGUCGAGAUCAGCAAUGAAUCAGGACGCAGCUCAGCAAUCAAAUCAUGCUUGGCUAUGAUACGCCAACAGUGUCUUCACGAUACCGGAGGUUUAUCGCAAAAAAGACGCUACCCCGUGCCAAUUUUCCACGAUGCAAUAGUCACUUCUGAUGACGCGGACCAUUACUGCCACAUAAUAGUCCGUUCUGAUGCCGCGGACUAUUUCCGUACUAGACAUUACCGUACUUAUGGAUGGAGCUUGCUUGAUCGUGACACAGCUGAGGCUUUAUGGCUGGACCAAGAAAGCAACUAUAAGGACAUGGUCAACGAGGCUUAUUUUGACGGCCUCGCCCCAACAGAGUCACAUGAUUCCAGUGUGCCCUUGAUCGUGAUCGGAUGGCAAACUACACGUUGUAAGGAAUGAAGGCGUUCAGGCUGAGCAUAAAAUUUGGGUAAAUAUGUACCUGGUUACUUAACCAAAGUUCUCUCUUUCCUCAGAUAGUGCACUACAGAUUUCAUCAACAGUCAUAUCCUGGUCUUCAACAUAUCACUCCCAUUCAUCUAUUCUAUCACCUCAACCCCCCCCUUUUUUCAAAACCCCACAAAAUCCCCCAACUCCAAAUUCGGCACAAUCACCGGCUUCGGCCCCUUCUUCCUCACCAAAGUCCUCUGCUCAAACGCAUACGCCAAAGCCAGCAACUUCUCCUCCUCAAACAUGCCGCCCAAAAAGCUGAUCCCAAAAGGAAUAUUAGGCCCCUGCUGCACCAACCCCCUCGCGUUCCUCGUAACGUUCCACGUGGCAGGGUAAUACCCCAACGGCAACGUCACAAUCGGUGCCCCCUGAAUCGCCGCCUUGGCAGCAGCCUGACUGGUGGGUAACACCACCGCGUCAAGAUCAUUUCGCUCAAUCGCUCCCAAAAGACCGCCCUCGCCACCCCAGUAGAGGUUGCGCUGGUAUUCCUCCCAGAAGCGAAUGUCAGAGUUGUUGUACCCGAGCUCGAGCGCGCCGUCCCAACGGGCGGUGUCCCUGUCGGGGAAGAACUCCAGGUUGGAGUUUUGGGUGAAGUUGCGGAUGUCUUCUAGGGUGUGGAGGUUGUAAGGGUUGUGCGAUAGAGAAUCAAGAUACACCGCGAGGUCAGAGACAAAGCCUGCGCCGAGGACGAUGGAGGUUGUGUUAGGGGAGGGGACAGUGAAGUUUGCGUCGACGACAGUGGCACCGGCGGAUUUCAUUGUGUCGAUGGCAGACCAGAAGGCGGCCAUCUCUACCGUGCUGGCGUUGGGGUUGAGGGUGUUGUAAGGGAUGCCGAUUCUUGCCCCCAAGAGGGAGCUGGCGUUGAGGGCGGAGACGUAAUCCGGGAUCUUGGAGUCCUCCCAGGGGAUGGUGGAUGUGUAGUUAUCUCUGGGGUCGUGGCCGGCGAUGGCUUGGAGGAUGAUGGCGGCGUCUUUGACGGUGCGGGCCAUGGGGCCGAUGGUGUCUUGGUGGGAGGAAAUGGGGAUGACGAGGUAGCGGGAGGUGAGGCCAACGGUGGGCUUGAUGCCGACUAGAGAUCCUUUCUGGGAUGGGGAGAUGAUUGAUCCGGAGGUCUGGAUGGGUGUCAGUUUCAGGAUCAUGUUGUGAGAUUGCUGUUGUUACGGACCUCUGUACCAAGGGUCGCAAGACAAAGACCAAUGGAUGCAGCAACGCCACUGCCGCUGGAACUACCGCCGGGGUCUUCGUUGGGAUAGUAAGCCCCGGUUGCCUGACCACCAUACGCUGACCAACCACUGGACGAGUUACUACUCCUGUAGUUGGCCCAUUGACUGAGGUUGGCCUUGCCGAGGAUAAUGGCGCCAGCCUCACGCAGCUUCGCCGCCAUGGUACUGUCAUGAGGAACCUUCGCGCCCACCAGUGCAAAGGAGCCAGCAGUGUUGUUCAUCUUGUCCGCUGUGGCAAUGUUGUCCUUGAUCAGAAUGGGAAUGCCAUGAAGUGGACCGAGAGUGGUCCCGUUGGCACGCAUAGCAUCCAGCUCAGCGGCAAUGUCGAGGGCAUCUGGGUUCACCUCAUUGACAGCUCGUAACAGAGGGUUGACCUGUUCAAUGCGUGCCAAGUAGGCCUUGACCAGGUCGACACUGGUGAAGAGACCUCUUGAGAGUCCUUCCUCCAGGUCAUCGAUGGUGACCUCGGUGAGGCUGGGGAAAGGGACGCCCUUGACUGUGGCAUUGGUCAGUUAGAUAUUCUUUUAACUUGAGGUCAGUCAAACAAUACCUGUCGAGCAGUUCCCGAUACCUGCAAACCCCAGCCAGGCCGCAGAGGCAGCAAUGAGAAGUCUUGCAAGUCUCGUCAUGAUGCCAGUUCCUCCUCUAGGAUGUUGAGAAUGAGGAUGAGAAUGUCUUUCUUCUGUCCGAUUCAGAUGUCGUGGUCCAUCUUAUAUAGCAGUGCCCUCAUCAGUAUCACGGCAUUUCCUCAGCGGGACGUUACCUCAUCCACACCACCGUGCUCGGAUCCGGGUUCCCGGGAUGCAGUCUUGCUGGUUGAAUGUCGAAUCGUGGGCCAUAUCGCGGGGGUGGCUGGCAAAGAUGCCGGGUACUGCCAGAUAAGAGCCAGCUAAUUGACGGUUGGAAAAGCUUGGCUGACGACGACCCUGCGUGUGUGAUUGGCGGAUAUGGAGACAGGAUCGAAUAGUUUUGCUGGACCUUCAGUUAGUCACGGUUAUACUGUUGAUUAGAGAUAGCAUCGUGGGGUUCUCAGAACCCAUGCAGCUGUUAUCGGCGGG